AUGAGUAAGAAAAGAUCAAUUGAAGAGGAACAUCUUGCUAAGGAAUAUAAUCUUAAAAGGCACUAUGACACAAAUCAUAAAACAAACUAUGACCAAUACGUUGCAAAACUUCGUGAAGACAAAUUAUCGAAACCAUUUACGGAAGGAGAAUUUAUUAGUGAAUGCUUAAUUAAAGCGCCGGAAGUAUUAUGUCCAGCACAAAUAAAGAAAUUUAAAAGUGGAAGUUUAAGUCGAAAUACUGUAACCAGCAGAAUUGAUGAAAUAGCCGAGAAUUUGAGAAAUCAGCAUAAUACAACAAUAUCAACAUUUCAAGCCUACUCUAUUGCAAUUGAUGAAAGUACAGAUAUUCGUAAUAUCGCUCAGCUGGCCGUUUUUAUUCGCGGAUGUGAUGUGAAUUUAAAAAUAAGUGAAGAACUUUUGGAAAUCAUUCCUAUGCAUAAUACAACCACUGGAGCUGAUAUUUUUGAUGCACUUAUGGAAGUUUUGAAGAAGUAUAAGUUACCAUUGGAAAAGUUCGUUUGUCUUGCAACUGAUGGUGCACCUACCAUGACCGGUAUUACUAAAGGAGUUGUUGCAAGAUUAAAAGAAACAUGCAAACAGCAUGUCUUAAAAGAGAAAACGGAGUCGAUCACUGAGGAUUUGAGGGAACGUUUAAGGUUUUUGAUACAGUUGGUACUGGAACACCGUGUAUUUUACCAGUUACAAGAUGAAAGAUGGUUUAAACGAGGACGUGUAGGGCCUCGAAGUUGCGAGAAUGACAGCGAGUAG